GCAGCAGGUGCCGAGGUCAAUGCUGCUCCUGCUGGAAAUGAUGGACAGACAGCACUUCAAGCAGCAGCUGAAGUAGGCCAUCUAAAGGCUGUUAAGAGGCUGCUAGCAACAGGGGCUGAUGUCAAUGCUGCUGCCUCGGAGUAUGGACGGACGGCACUUCAAGCAGCAGCUGGAGGUGGUUAUCGAGAGGUUGCUGAGAGGCUGCGGGCAGCGGGCGCG